AUGACUGCAUCACAGCACUUUGACAGCAGCAAAAGCGACAGCCAUGGCAAUGGUUAUGGAAACCCAGCGUGGGAGUCAUCAGAGACGAGACCGGUCAAGAAACAGAAGCAGCAGGAUGUUCGAGAAGAGGGCGCAGCAUUUGUUCGACGCCAUCCCCUUGGUGUACGUCCCAGCGGCAAUGCUCUCACUUCCAACGUCAACCUGAAAUACGCUGCUGGAAACUUCGCUCUGCUACCAGACGAGCUACUUGCUUCUCUUCUCGAGACUCUGAGGCCUCGAGAUCUUCUCAAGCUGGGCGGCACAUGUCGCGCUUUGCAUGCGUUCACCAGGAACGAAGAAUUGUGGCGUACACUAUUCGUUGAGUCAUCUCCUAAGCAGUUCGAGUGGCAAGGCACUUGGCGUUCCACGUAUUUGUCACAAGAUGUGAGCAGAGAGCCACAAGUAGACUGCACAAAUCUCUUCUCUGAUGUCCUGCAUCGGCCUUUCUUUUGUGCCAAUGUUCCAUUACAUCCAUAUGCCGAGAAUAUACCAAAGCAGAACCAGAUCACCAGACUGAAGGACCUGUCGCAUGAAGAGUUUGCCAAGAAUUGGUAUGGCCAACCAUUCAUACUGACAGAACCGGUCAGACAGUGGCCUGUAUACAAAUCAUGGUCAACGGAACGGCUUGUCGAACAAUAUGCCGAUUUGCCUUUCCGCGCCGAAGCGGUAGACUGGCCGCUGAAGACGUACGUCGGCUACAUGAACAACAGUCGAGAUGAGUCACCUCUAUACCUCUUCGACCGUGCUUUCGCGCAGAAGAUGAAUCUCGAAGUUUCGAGCGAGCCUACUGCGACCGCAGACUACUGGGAGCCUACCUGUUUCGGACCUGAUCUAUUCCAUCUGCUUGGCAAGCAGCGGCCUGAUCACCGCUGGCUCAUAGUGGGACCCGACCGCAGCGGGAGCACGUUCCAUAAAGAUCCAAAUGCUACAUCUGCCUGGAACGCUGUAUUGAAGGGCUCGAAGUACUGGAUCAUGUUCCCCUCGUCGCAGUCCCUCCCACCUCCUCCUGGCGUCUUUGUCAGUGAAGACCAAAGCGAAGUCACAUCUCCGCUCAGCAUUGCCGAGUGGUUACUAGGGUUCCACGCUGAAGCACGAAAUACCCCCGGAUGCAAGGAAGGCAUCUGCGGCGAGGGUGAGGUACUGUACGUGCCAUCCGGCUGGUAUCAUCUCGUGUUGAACCUAGAGCCCAGUAUCGCCAUCACACAGAACCUCGUUCCCAGAAGUCGACUCGGUGCUGUUCUUCACUUCUUGAACGGUCCCAAGUGCAAUAUCAGCGGUUUUAGCGACGAUAUCGACGAUCCUUAUGGAUUGUUCGUGGAAAGGCUACGAGAGCAUGAUCCUGAAUUACUGGCAGAAGGCUUGAAAGAGAUGGAGAGACUGAGCAAGAUUGGCAAGGGUUGGGAAGAAAUUACCAAACUCGCAAACGAGGAUGACGAAGCAGGUGUGGGUUUCUCCUUUGGCUUUGGAGGCGGCGACGACGACGACGAGGAGAUUCCUUGA